AUGUCCUACAAAUUCCUUUUCUACUGUUUAUUGAUAAAAAUUCCAAUUUUUCAAGUUUUCGCCAUAAUAUCUGUUGUUGACAAAGGCAUUUCGCCGCUUGAGAAGAAUUCUGUUGGAAUUAAGUUUUUUGUAGAUAUUGUAAAUGAAAAUCGUACUGGAACUUGUAAAGUAUAUUCAAGAGUGAAGAAGUGCUGUUUGACUGAUCUAGAAAAGGAAGAUUGUGGCAUCAUGCAGGUGAUCGAUGAAACUCUCGAUGUAAUUAAACCUAGAGAGAGGAAGACGCUUGAGUAUGUCUUUCCAACUCUAUGCCCGCACGAUCUUGUAGGCUACUGUGAUGUUCUGCUAAAUUAUCGUUGUCUUAAAAAUAGAGAUAGAUUACUCAUUAAUAUUCCAUUAGAUACCAGAAUAAUUAGUGCUAGACGUUCUCAUCCAUUGCUAAAAUACUAUCUUAGCAAUAGCAACAGUAUGGCCUGUGAAACAUUGGAUCAAAAUUCUUUAGAUGAUUGCUUACCAAUAGACUGUGAUGUCAAAUAUGCUGGUCAAAGGUCUUUCUACGAUAAAGAUAUCAACAGAUGUACAAAAACACCGCUUUGCGUUGGAGACAUUGAGAAAGAACUUCCGAAUAUAGUAUACGUGCCUUCUAUAAACCUCUGUAAAAACUUAGAAAAUCCACUGACAACACAAGAUAUAUAUGCGAUCACCACAGGCUUAGGAACCAUCGUUCAAUCAACAAAGAAAGAAGAUGAUGUUCAAGUUGAAUUCAAAUCUAAUUGUUCAACUAUUUCGCAAAAUUUGCAUUUACUGAAAGAUCUUAUGUACGGGAAACUAUGUCCCUGUGAGAAAUCUGACAUAAACUUUGAGGAUGGAUGUAAAUCUGCAAUUUUAUCUAUAGUUUUUUGUGUGAUAAGCAUAUGCGGUCUAUUGCUAACAUUUAUAGUUUGUGUUAACACAACCGUUUGGAUCUAUAUCCAGUGGUCAAAAGGAAAUAUAAAUGCUUUCAUAGUACGAAUGAAGAGUAAAUUUAAAAGGACAGAAAAGAAACGUCAUUUAAAUGCCAGUAAAUCUCGCGUUAAUAACGAAGUAAGAAACACUUUGUUACGUGAAGUUAUAGUCAGAGAUAUUCCUCUGGAGUUAAGGGGGAGUGUGGUAAGCCUUUGUGAGAGAAUGGAGAAGGAAGUGAGAAAGAAAAGGAGAUAUCGUAACGAAGAUAUCGGCAGUCAGAUAAGUCUGCAGAAGGAGAGCGUGUUGAUGAGCUCCUCUUCAACGGAUACUUUGUGUACGGAGAAAGAUGCUUUAAUUAAAUAAAUGUGAUUA